AAAAUGUAAGACGAUCGAGUUCUAGAGCGUAGUCCUUAAGAUACAUUAAGAAUCCCACCACGAUUAUCAAUGAUGGAUAGGAAAUGUAGCGGUCGUUUUACAUUUGUGAAGACUUAAGCUGAGGAACAGAAGGAAGCAGUUCAAAACAAUAUGAAUCGAAUAAAAUAGCAAUUUAGAUGUAUAUAAUUGGUAUUGAGCCUAGGUUAACUCAACUCCAUAAUAAACAAGCCCAUCCAACCUCUCUAGAUAAGGGAAGAACAACUAUUUGAGUUGGGUAAGAAAUUGGACAUUGAAAUAACACCUAGUGAUGUUGAAAACAUUGUACCAAAUACAAAGGAGUUUUUUGAAGAAUAUGAGAUGCAUGAAAGACUGGGUGAAGGUUGUUUGGGAUUAGUGAAGAGAGUGGUGUAAAAAAAGACAGGACAGGAAUUCGCAGUAAAAAUUGUGGCUACCUAAGAUGAUGAGAUUAUUAGAAAUGUAAAUGAUAUCUUGAAAAUGAUUAGAUGAUCAAUGAGUUUAAGAGAUUGAUAAAAUUAUCACAUGGCAACAUAGUUAAAGCAUACAAAAUGUUUUUGGAUUUUGAUAAUGGAUUCUAAUCUGAAAGUCAAGCUUACGUGAUAAUGGAGCUCAUAAAAGGGAAAGAAAUGUUCGAAGUAAUAAAUGAGGCUGGACAUUACAGUGAGCAUGAUGCAAAGGAACUAUUCAAGCAGUUGCUAAGUGCAAUUGAAUACAUGCAUAGAAAUGGGAUUUGUCAUAGGGAUUUGAAACCUAAUAAUAUCCUCUGUCUCUCAGGUAAUAUGCUAGCUAAUCAUUUCCAUAGAUAAGAAGUUGAUAAAGGUCACAGAUUUUAAUGUUAGUAAAUUCAGUGAUUCUUACAAAGAAUUUGGUAAUCUUUAGGAUACCGAGAAAAUUGAAAUGUGGACUUAUACAGGAACUGUGGCAUUUUCAGCUCCAGAGAUAUUCACAGGAGAAGGAUACAAGUAAAGCAUUGAAUUCAUUAUUAGUCAAAUGGUUGAUAUGUGGAGUGCUGGAUGUAUAUUGUACUCAAUGUUGUCUGGUCAAUUGCCAUUCAAUGCAGAUUAGUAUAUAUAUUGAUUCGAUAUUUUUAAGUUUGAACGAUCUAAUUGAAUCUAUAAAAUUGGCCAAAUAUGAGUUCCCUGAAGAAAUCUUCUAGGAAGUCUCAAGUGAAGCCAAAGAUCUAAUUUAGUAAUUGCUUCAAAAGGAUCCAGCUAUGAGACCACAUCCUGAUGAGGCUCUCAAUCAUCCUUGGUUUUCAGAAACCAUUGUGAGAAAAAGUUUAAGACAUCUUACUAUAAAUAAAAACAUCUCUCAUCUUUCAUCUAGGAAUUCUAACAAAUUGAAAUAAAGGACCAUUCUCUUGAAGAGAGGACAUUAUGCGGGUUCGAGUGAUGGAGAUGAAGGAUAUACAAUAUAGGAUAUGACAAUUAAGGGUGCUGCUCGAAAAAGUCUGUUCAAUACUGCCAUUGCUCCAAUAGAGUUGCAAUCAGAUAAUAAAUGCCUGAAAGUGUAAAAUGCAGUGCUUCGCAAGUCACAUACAACUCAUAUACAUGAUUUUACAUAAUAUGAUGAAUAGUGA